UAGCUGCGCUGACUGAGCAUGUGUAAAAGUGCAUGCUGAUCCCGAAAGCCCAAACGGUAGGCAUCCAGACUGAACCAAGCAAGCAAGCAAGCAACAAGUUCGUUUACACAAUGACACUUUAAAAUUGUGUGGCAAGCCUUUAAGAAGGAACAGGAGGGACUACAGCGGAGAACGGCUGGCUUAUUUUGAAGUGCACAGACAGCCCGACCCGCCUAUGUUUCAUUUCAGUUAAUAAAUCUGAUCAUAGGGACAUGCUGCAGCAGUAGUGUGUGCAAGUCCUGCACUGUCUGAUCUGGGUGCAGUCGCUGCUGCUGCUAAUAAUUCUUCUGUUUGAGAGUAAGCAUGAUCCCCAGAAUCACUCCAAGGAUUUAACAAUGGAGCUGUCCUCCUCGGCUGACUCCUGCGAUCCCUACAGCCGCCCAGCGCGCAGAACUCAGUGGAUCGUUAGCGCGCUGGCUUAUCACUAUGGUUUGGAUCGGGGAGUGGAGAACGAGAUCAUUGUUCUGGCAACUGGCUUGGAUCAGUACCUGCAGGAGAUUUUCCAUCAUUUGGACUACGAGGGGGAGGGCAGAAUUCCAGGAGAGGACUUCAGGAUACUCUGCGAGGUGCUGGGGCUUGAGCAGGAAACAGAAGAGUGCGCUGGCAUCCUGGAUGAGUUGCCGGCAGAGCUGUCCUUCCGACAGUUCCAUGCCAAGCUCUGUGGCUACUUCAGCACCAAAGCAGGAUGCCCCUGUGAAGAUGGUCGCCUGCCUGUGGGGAAGGAAAGCGAGCACAUCGAGACCCAGAUCCGUUUGAGGAGUCCUCUGAGGCGGAGGCGCAGCACCUCUAGACAAUGUGGGGCCACCCGAGGAGCUGAGGGGUUCUCCCGCCAUCCAUCGCCUGACUGCUCCCAAGAGUGCUACGAGGAUAUUGUAGCUUUGGAGGAAGCCGAAGACAGAAUUUUCAAAUUAGAGGAUGAGAAUAACAGCCUGCGGGAACUGGUGGAGGAUAUGAGAGCUGCCCUGCAGAGCAGUGAUGCUAGGUCGUUAGCUGUACAGGUUGGUCUACGGAAGAGUCAUGUUAACCACAAGGCAAAUGGUGGAUGCUUCUUGGCUGCUCGAAGACUACUGGCUCACAAGAACAGAUCUCAAAAUAGCAAGUGUUUGCAGAGUAUGCUGAAGGAGAUGGAACUAAUACGUAGCUCUAGGGAUGGACAGAUUGAAGAGGCAAUGCGAUUCAAUGAAGAACUGGAGAAGGAGCUUCAGAACUCAAAAGAGGCUUUAAUGUCCUUAGAGAAGUGCAACACAAAUCUGAAAAAAGAACAAGCUGAGAUGAGGAAAAAGGUGGAAGAUGCAAGACAGGCAGUGCUGAGAAGUCUUGGGAAGGUUAAGGAACUGGAAUCAAAAGCUAACACAGUACCCCUUCUACAGAGGCGUAUUGAACAACAAGAAUCUGAGCUGAAGUACCUCAGGUCAGAAAUGGCAAAACUUCAGCUUCUUCCACAGAAUUGUACAGAAAAGAAAUCCAGAAAUACAAUGAAGUUAAACAGAAGCCAUGUAUCUCAACAACCAGGUCAUAGAUCUCCAAGUGAUGAUAUGCAGACUGUGCCUGAGAAUGUUGAAGAUCAAAUGUUUCGAUCCGUUGAGGGGCAAGCUGCUUCUGAUGAAGAGGAGGAGAAGUGGACUGGAGAGCAACAAUCACAAGUGCUUGAACUAAAGAAAUUACUCACCAAGCUGUCAUCAUGUUGCAGCAGUGGGUGUGACGACAGGACUGUGAAAAGGUUAUUGUCCCAGUUUGGCAACACAGAUGAUGAGAGCAAGAAUGUUAUUGUGGAGCUUGUGGAAAGAAUUGUGCGGUUUUCCGAACAGGUGGAGCUAAAAGAAGUCGAAGUGAAGAAAUUGGAAAUAGACAGGAAUCAGAUUAAAGAUUCGUUGCUGCAUGAGCUACAACAAAAAGCAGAGGAAGCAGAACUGCUUCAGAUGGAACUGCAGAUGCUGGAGACAGAAAGAGUCAGGUUGUCUCUAGUGGAAGAAAAGUUAAUGGAUGUCUUACAACUGUUACAGAAACUGAGAGACCUGAAUGUUUCAAGAAGAGCAUUAGGGAAAAUUUUGCUGAACACCUUGGAAUCAUACAAUGACCCACAACGUGGGAAGGAUCAUGUUUUGGAAGUACUUGAUACCUUAUACCACGAACUGGCAGCAUGUGAAUUAUUAUCUGGAAAAUCCUUGGAGAAGGCUCAGAGUCACCAGUCACUCACAAACACUUUACUUAUUUCAUGUUGAGGAAGAGUGUCAUCAGCGACUCAGUCAACACAUUUUCAAAAGCACUUCGGUCAUCCUAACUCUGUCACAUGAAGGAAAAUGGAGCUUUAUAGAGCUAAGGAGCUCUAAAAACAGUUCAUUACCGUGGAUGAAGGAAUUGCACUGACCCAAUCAGUAAAUCAGUCUGCAGAGGUUUUCUUUGUUCGCAGAAUCCCAAGUCAGUUAAAGCCUUAACAUAUAUUUUUCAUGGUGUCAGUAGCCAUCAUCAUUGAAGUCUGUUGCAGCAUUCUACUGAAAUUUCUUAAAAAGCAGACACACACAUUAUUUGUCUUCUGAAACAGACUUUCAGAAACUGCAGACUUAGCCUGCACUCUGUAUCUUCCUGUGUGGAUCUUUAUACAGACUUACAAGUGCUGAGAUACAAGAUAAUGUUACUCGGUGUAGCUGGAUAGUGUCUUAAUAAAUGGAAUACUAUACUCUUUAGCAGGUACAGUUGUCAAAUUUCUUAUUUGUAAGACAUUGGAAGGUUUUUCAGACACGCUGAAGCAGUCAUCGAAUACUUUGGACUAAACAAAUGUGCUUCCAGGAAUAUACUUGCGUGGGAAAAUGAAGCCUGAAACUGCAGAUCAGAAUCAGGGCCUACUAUUGUAUGCACGUGUAUGGGCAUUAUUCCUAUUAAUCUUAUUCCUAUUUGCAGAAAUUAAUAGUAAAAGCGUAAAGAUAAAGAAAAGUGCUCUUUGUAAGCCUUUCAGAUGUAGAUGCUUUGUGUAGUAAACUCCAUAUUUGUUUCCUA